AUGGAAUCGUGGAGACGUUCUUGCAAGUCGUGGAGGGAGCGCUUUUCCGAUGAUCUGGUUUAUGAAAUAAAUAUUCAUACCGACGAAUACUUCGGAAAAUUGAAAAUUUUUCUCCAACAGGCACCGUCUGGGAGUUACGUCAAGAAAAAGUUUAGAAGCUGCGAAGCCUCUGGUGGAGCAACUGUAGUGAAAAACUUGAGCUGCGGAGCACCAGUAACGUCAGGAACUCUGGCGUCGCACGGUCCACAUCCCAGCGAUUUCCGAAUCGUCGGUUAUGCUCUUAACGAAAAGCGCCUGUGUCGAGAUAUUACACCUCCAGAAGAACCGAAUCGUUUGUGCGACAGCGCUGCCACUGGCUGGACCGCCUGGGAUGCUAGCCUAGUACUAGCGAAGUGGUUGGAAAGGCGGCCUUACCUCGUGUGUAACAAGUUAUGUCUUGAGCUCGGAGCUGGUAUCGGCUUAGUAUCCUCAGUAGCCUACUGCCUCGGGGCAAAGCUAACUGUAUCCACAGACCGGGACGAUGUGAUAUUCCUCCUGAAAAGCAACUUAAACCGUACAGUGGAGGCCUACAUAGCGUAUAAUAAUCAACUUAGGGUGAAACGAGCAGUUGACUCGAAGCUCGCGGCAGAAGUACUUCACUGGGAAUCGAAGGAACAUUUGGAGCGUGUACUGGCCGUGUAUGGCGCUCCUGAAGUCAUUUUAUGUUCAGAUCUGGUUUACGAAGAGUUAGCUUCCCGCGCGCUUGUGCACGUACUUGUCCGAAUAUCGCGAGCAAGCUUGCAAAUGGGGAGAAAACCUUUGAUCAUAAUGGCGCAGGACGAGCACGUCCCUGAAGUUCUCGAACAAUUCUUGGCCGGCAUAAGUGCGUUUUUCACUGUUGACCGUGUGCCAUGCUUAGAUUUUAAUCCGAAUUUUAGCAGUGAGUUGAUUAGAGUUUACCUUUUCCGGCCAAAAGCUGAACACUUUUUAUAUAAUCAGUAA